UGUAGAAUACAUCAUUCAACUUUUGUAAUUUGUUCACCUUGCAUAGAGAAACGCCAUUCCCCACCCUGACAGUAAUACAUUACUGUCCUAUACCUACACCCACAUACUCAUUCACUGCAUUGAUUCCCAGUGACUCCUGAGUACAUGGGAUGAUGGAUGGGCCCCUCUGUGAGCUCUCCGAUGAAUUAGAGAUGUCCAAUCUGAUUGUAGCGGAGUGCUACCACUCGGCGAUGAAAGCCUUGUGCUUUUCUUGCUCUAAUGGAGUACAACCCUUUAUGGAUGAUAAUGCAGAGUAAUGGUAAAGUCUUUGGGCGCUGAAGUCUAGCAGACAGUUCUGUGCAUGCAGCAAUGUAGCAGAUAAUUUACUCCAGCUCGUAUGGUUUAGUGUCAGUUUGGAGUGUCAAUUAGCAAACAUCAAUUUUUAAACUGGCCUUUUAUUCCUAUGUUCAAUUUGCACACAAAACCAAUUAUUGCGAUGGCACCCUGAGAAAAUAUACUCCUCGACUUGACCGACUGCUUCACACUGGGAUGUCCUGCUAACAGGGUGUUUUCCUCCGUUGCAUCACUCAGAAAUGGGAGCGCACUGUUGAAUUUGAAAGUGUGGCCGCUUGUCUGUGAUGGGGGGAAACCGUUUGGAUGUAUUUUGAGGUCCCUUAGGGGACUGCAAGGACUUGUGGGAAGAUGACCUAAUUUCUAAUUUUCUCUCCUGGCUGAGCUGUGGGCUGGUUGCUGUUACUAACAGAGAAGCACAUGAAAGCAGUGUAACAGUAUGAGCCGCCCGCCUCUGUUUGCAAUAUGGCCAUGCUGUCGACAUAAAACUGGAUUCCAUUUGUCAUUUUUCAUGGACGCAGGCCUGACUUUAUCUUUCGUCUGAUCCAGGUGAGUGGAAUUACACACCUCUUGGUGAGUUGCGAUAACCCAAAUUGAAUUUGCAACACGGACAUGUCGUUGACACUGUCCCAGCUGUCAUCCAAAAGUGGAUCAAAUAGCAGUAAAUAGUGUUAGUCCUGCCCUGUUCUCGUCUUCGGAGCGUUUUCACAUAUGGCUGGAAUGAAGUUAAUGAAUGCAUGUCCGUAUAUUGAACACAUCUAGCACGUGUUGUAGUGUUUAGUAGUAGCCAGUCUGCCCCGAGGUUGUUAAUGGAAAUGAGAAGAUUAAAAAUGUCCAGUGAGGUGCAGCUGUGCGCAGUGUGACGCCGUCAUCAGGUCAGAUGAUCAGUUAUUUUAGGGCACAAAAAUAAGGUCACUUUCCAAAUUCGCCUGUCAAAGGGAUUUUUCUAUCACAAUUGAAAAUGUGUUAUUUAAUGUCGACCAAUUAUAUGAUUAUUUGCUGUCAAUGUAACAGUAUCAGAUCUGAAACACUGUUGUUAUUGGACAGAUGUGAAUCAUUCAAACCUAGGACUCCCAAUUCGUUUUUUAGUACAAAACAUCUCACAAAUACCAGUGUUUUAUUUCUAUACAUUAAUAUGAAUAUGUAACCUACAAUACACUUUGAUAUAUUUACAUAAUAUUAUUAUUACACAUAUUCUCUAUACUUGUAUUGUUACAUUGACGUGUUUAUUUUAGUGUUUUGGAAAAUCACAUUUGCUGCUAUAAAAAAGCUGGCUUGGCCUCACUAACUGCCUGAUUUUCCCGCUCAGGUGAGGAGCCAUGGCUAACCUGCAGCAGGAAUAUCCUGGGGUCCUACUGGGGAUACUGGAGGAACUGGCCAAUAUGCGCCAAUGGCUCACUUUCCAGGAUCUUUGUCGUAUGGUCAGCGCCCGCUUCGACCUGGAGCACCUCAUCGAGCUCAGGAGUCUGCUGUUUGCUGCUGCCAGCCAGGACCCCUGUUUCCCAGCUACUCUCUUCAGAGAUCGUGUUUCCACAAAAGGCCAGGGGCUUUCCCCGAUAGGCGUCGCUGCUGAUAUUGUGACUAUCUUCAAUCUUAUUCAGAUGACGGUUGGCGUCCCUGAUGACAGCCAACCAAUAAGAGCGCAGAUGGUCCUCCCUGUCGACCAAUGCCCAGGCCCCAGUCUGCCUGGAAUACAGCAGCUGAACGUUUCUGGUCGAGAAAGAGUGCGUGCCCACUCUGACUCCAGUGGCCGGCCUAUUGAUCAGGACUUGCUGUCUCCGAGAUCUAAUUACUCAGGCCACAAGCGAGCAAGUCUUCCCCCGGAUCCCAUCUCACUUGUGUCCUCCCCUCCAAUCAGGGCGAGGGCUGUGUCUUUCGACUUGCCUCACACCACACUUUUCUACCCCAGUGGCCAAAUCCCGAACGAGGUUAUGAAAAAUAUCUACUUGCCUUUGGAGACAGACAGUGAGUCCAGUGUAGACUCUGCGCCGAUGGAGGUGUUUGACGAUGAACAGGGAUCGUCUGUCGACCAGAAGAGAGACAUCUUUAGGAAGGACUUUCACAACCGGCCGCCUCUGAUACCCCAGGUGACUGUUAACAGUGAGUCUCCCAGUCCUAACAAGGAUCAGAAAGGCUUCGACAAUCGCAUCUUUGAAACCAUCCCGAAUCCUUACCCAUCACCAGCACCAGUCAACCAAUCGCCGGAGCAGAAGGCAAAACGUGAGAGCCUUGAUGACCUACAGGACUCAACUUACUUCGGACCGCGGCCAAUCCCAGAGUGGUCGCCGCGGCACCUUCAACCUCCGAGGACCAAGAGGCCCAUCUGGAGCAACAAGAGUCACAGUCUAGAGGACCGAAUAGGCCCUGGCAGUAUUGGAAUGGGAAUGGAAUCACAAGGGGGGCAACUUCCAAGAAGAUCAAGCCCUGCAAUCAGCAAAUUGGGGGAGUCCUUAAGAUGCGACAGUGAAUUGUCCAUUGCAGUGGACGGAGUAAAAGCGCAAGGAACCCAGACGGACCCACCAGACGCCCGGCGUCUCCGCAGCCUUGUCCACGCUGACCGCUUCUCCUUUAUGACGUCAUUAGACGACCCUGACAUCGGUGAGGAUGACAUCAGUGCCAUCUUUCGUUUCUUAGAUGACAUAAGCAUGUGUGGUUCCACAGCAGUCCUGCACCCUAGUGAUGGACCAGGGGCCAUUAACCAGGACACCCACGAGGCAAGACGUGGCCGCCUAGGUCAACUCCAAAGGCUUUUCCACUCUCUGGAAAGCAGUGAUGAUGGGCUCCAGGCCAGUGUCUGUAAGCUGCUGCUCCGUAUGAGCCAGAUAGAAAGACAACUGGACUCACUGAAUGAUGUCAAAGCUGAGAUUUCCCAGGUGCUGUCAGCGCUGCAGCGGCUGGAUGAAAAGAUUCAGCCGCCUAUCAGUGGGGAUGGACAAGGCAGCGGAGGGCGAUGGCUGGAGCCUCUCAGUGGUGUCUCCUCUUUCAUCGGCCACCCUAUAACCCCUUCUGAGUCGUCAGAGCCUCAGCCUCUGUCUGUGUCUGAGCAUCUUUUUCCAGGGAUCAGUACUAGUAGUCUGGACUGGAACCAGUGGAACACUCCCGUGGAGCAAAUAGAAAGCAGCAAAGGUCCAGCCGAUUCAGAUGGGGGGAAAGUAGGGAAGAAGGAUGCAUCAUCUGGUCGUGCUUCUAAAAGUCAGCCUGUAGAGAAAAAUAUGUCUGAUUCAAACUCGCUGAAUAUUUCUGCAAGAGACUGGACGGUGUCAUUCUCCAAAAGUAAAGAUGGCAAGUCUUCACAUGGACAGGCAGAUCGAUCAGGCAGCACAACUAACCUCAUCUCCAGAAAGUCCUCCAACCUGGUAGAACAAGUAUUUAGUUCGUCUCUGUUCCACCACAAGGACAGCAGUCUGACAGGAGGGCUAACCUCUGGGAAGGUCCUGGACCCCAGAUUUUCCGAAGGUAGGGGAAGGCCCAUAUGGACUGUAGAUGAAAGAGAGGCUCGAAUCUCCCCUUUGGACUUACAGAACCAGGAGUCUCUAAACCCCAACAACAUGGAGUUCUGGAUGGACGACAUUUACACUCCAGGCUACGAUACUUUACUCAGGCGUAAAGAGGCGGACCUCCGCCGGGCCAAGGUCUGCAAGCUGCUUGCGGUCAUUGCCACUGCAGUGGUUAUUAUUGUCAUCAUUGUCAUUCUCAUUUGCACCGUUGGGUCAUGAAGACCUUUACAACCCACAUUAUUACCUGCCGGAUAUCUGCUGUAUUCAGGAACCUGCACGGCGGUCUCAUGGAGAUAAGAUGCUGACCGGGACUAAGACAAUAAAGCUGAAGUGGCGAUCAGUUAACAUUCAAUAACCCUUUUCAGUUGUCAGCAUGCAGCACCAUUACUCAGGACCUCCAAAAAACAGGGUGGUUCUAAAUGUAGCUUAUUUUUAAAUCACUUAUCUCUAACAUGGUAAGUAAUCUCCCAUGUUACGUUGUUCCCCCUCUACUGUCUUUUGUAUAAUGACUUUUGUUUUUAAUAUUUUUCAAUAGCUGCAAAAUGAGGCAUUUAAGGUAUGACUGUUUCACAUAAUUGUCAACUAUAGAAGAUUUAAUGAUUUUAGUGAUAACAAGCGAAUGUAAAAGUCUGUUUCUUUUGUUUUCUCAUUUUAAAAAUAGUUUAAUCACUACAUAAAAGUUGUACAUCUUCUUUUCAUGAAUAGUAAUGGAUUCUAUCAACAGGAGCGUUUUUACCUUUUAGGUUGAAUGCUCUUUUCCUUUACUUUAACAACACAAUAUACUGAUCGAACCAGUUUAAAUUGAAAAAAAUCUUAUUUUUAUAGUGUUUCUGACAUUUUUCAAACUGGAUACCAAAAACUGUUUAAACCACUCGUGAAUGUAUUUGUGAUGGAGUGUUUGCUAAGUGUCAGGUUUCACAACCCGGGAUGAACUAAAUGUAUUGUUGUUGAAGCACAGAAGGAAAGAGGGAGCCUUUUCCAGGAAACGCUCUCUGAGUAGGAGAUUACACUUGUAAUUCAAUUGAUACGACGUUUGGAGUGCACCUACGCACAUUAUUCCAUCACUGCAGUCACUUGGCGUACGCGGACCUGCAGACUCCCUUUGCACAAACAGAUUCAUCUGCGUCCAUUCAAAGAUAAUUAAAAUAAUCUUGUUAGUUGUGUGAAAUUCUAUUUUGUUAAAGCAUUCUGUUGUGCCAGACUUUGAUGUGUUGGCACAAGAAACAUGCACACUUUCAAAAUAUGAUUAAAUGUAACCUAAUGUGUAGGAAUUAAAAAAUACAUUUGUGGAGCUUGUAAGGCUGCAAUGCAAAACAAUUUGCAUAUUAGAGUGGUUCAAAAAAGAGGCACACUUUACAACACGUUGUAAUCUAAUACAACUCCAUCAGUAGCUGAAUAGUGAAAUCAAACAUCUAACACUAUCUCGAUAAUAAAAGGGUAAAUGUAUUGGAUUGCAUCAAGUUUUCCAGGUGUUCAUGUUUUUUUUUGUCCCUUUCUCCCACACCCUUAGAUAUAGAUACAUUUGUUUCUGUUCAACAAUAGAUAAGUUAUUUUCCCCUUGAGACACCAAAGUCGGCAGAGGCGAUAUAGGUAUCGUUGAGGGGAAUGAACUAAUGUGCAUGAAAAUGCUUGUUUUCUUUACUUGUUUCCAGAUCCUUAAACUUUGCUUUGCUUUGUGUGCACAGCUAUUCAAUGGAUGUAUAGAGGAUGUGUUCUGCUAGCACACAUCUUCCUAAGUAGAUGUAUAUCUGCCAAGUGUUCCCCAUGAGGCUGUUUGUGGAUCCAUUACCUUUCCAAUGGUGCCACUGAGGAGGCCAAAGCCUUGGUCAGCACAAGCUGCAGGUGCUUCCUCUGAAACUUUGGUGCAUAAAAGCCUGCUGACACUUUUUCCAUUCCUGAGAUGCACUUGUGAAAUGUGGACCUUGCUGUAGCCUAGAAGUCAUGCAUCUUUUAGGCAGACAUCUAUAAAUCUGUGAACUCAAUAUUCAGGGAAAAUGUGUGCAGGUAUAACAAUUUACCUGUCUGACCUGUCUGAAAAGAUUCUAAGGCAAAAUGGUGACAUGCCUUUUACAACAUGUUUGAUCUAAUAAACAAUACAUUUGCAUAUGUUAUAAACAUAUAUUUAAAAGCAACCGCUCCUUUUCUGCUAGAUGAAUUAUUUCCCUUUAUUCCUGGUGGCGUUGCUCUUGAUGCCAGAAUACAGAUUAAUGCAGACAGUACUAAUAGUCCACUCAGUCUAAGAAAGAGUCGACAAAGAUUGAUGUAUAGAGAGAAUUCCGUCAUAUUAAUGAUCUGUGACUGGAGGAAAUGUACAUAUAGAAAUAAAUAAUUGACUAAGACAGAGAGUGCAUAUUGACUGACAGAUACUAUUAUCCCAAAUCACCUCUAAUGUACGUUCAAUAUUCAAGACACACACGCACAUACGCACAAGUAAACAUAUGCACGCACGCACACACACGUACACAAAUGGACACACACGAAUACACAAUGUUCUGAGGACAAGUGUGGCCUUCCAAUGCAUUUCAAUACACACAAAUCAUGUAUAUUCUUUUUUUUAAUGUAUUCUAAAGUGUUAUGGACACAUACAUGUAAAUUGUUUGCAAUUGAUUGUGUGUGUGUGUGUUUGUAUGUGUGCGUGUGAUACCACCAUUAAAUGUUGCACAAGGCUGCUGCUGCUGCACCCA